AUGUCAGGAAAAUACCUGGAUACAGAUGUAAUUACACCAAAACCCAAAGGUUGCAUAAAGGUCAGAUAUAUUUUAGUGGCAAUGAUAUUUUGGGGAUUCUUGAUGGAAUAUUCUCUCCGAAUUAACCUAAGUGUGGCUUUGGUUGCCAUGGUGAAUAUUACCAGCACUAAACUGGACUCCAGCAACAACAUCACAGAGUGCCCUGAAAAUCUGGAGACAUUUAAUGCCACUCAUGAAAUAUAUAAGGAAGACCAUGGACAAUUCAACUGGGAUGCUGAAAUUGUUGGCUUGAUCCUUGGAGCUGUUUUCUAUGGUUAUAUGUUUGCUCAGCUACCAGCUUGUUUGUUUAUUGAGAAAUUUGGCCCAAAACAUGUAUUUGGUUGUGGGAUUUUCUUUUCUGCAGUUUUGACAUUUCUGACCCCACUUGCAGCCAGCUAUGACUUCAAGGCUCUUAUUGCCUUGAGGGCACUGGAAGGACUUUUUAUGGGUGUGGAUGCUGCUGCUAUUCAUUCAAUUUGGGGAAACUGGGCCCCUAAAUGGGAAAGAAGCAAGCUUGUUUCUUGCAGUUAUUCAGGGGUAAAUCUUGGUAUGGUAACUGCACUUCCUAUUUGUGGCUUACUAAUUGAAAAUGCUGGUUGGCCUUCGGUCUUUUAUGUUCUCGGUGGGUUCACUUGUGUCUGGUGGAUUGGUUGGUUGUUUUUGACAUCCAAUACUCCUGCUGAUCACCCUUUUAUUUCGAAUGAAGAGCGACAAUACAUAGAAGAAUCUAUAGAAUUAACAGUAAAGCCAUUAAAAACACCUUGGAAGAAGAUUUUGACAUCUCGUCCAUUUUUGGCAACCAUAAACACUCACUUCUGUCUUAACUGGGGCUUCUAUACACUUCUCACCUGCCUCCCACUCUACAUGAAAGAAGUCUUGCGAUUUGAUAUUCAACAGAAUUCGUUACUGUCGGCUCUCCCAUACAUUGUUCAGUGGUUUGUAGCUAUCAUGGCAUCUUUUAUAGCAGAUUUCCUUCGAGAGAAAAAAUAUCUUAGUACCACAGCAACACGAAAACUAAUGACCGCCUUCGGUAGUCUAUUGCCAGCUUUGUUCCUUGUCAUUAUUAACUACAUUGGCUGUGACAAGUACAUUGCAGUGAUCAUGAUUGUCUUGUCUGUUGGCACCUCAUCAUUUGCUUCUUCUGGAUUCUUCAUUGGAAUAAUGGAAAUGUCACCAAAGCUCUCUGGAACUCUAAUGGGAAUUAGCAACAGCAUUGGAACCAUUUCAGGUAUUUUGGGACCAUACAUUGUUGGAAUAAUUACAAAAGAGAAGGGGACUCGUCAAGAGUGGAAGAUUGUAUUUUUCAUCUCAGCCACCAUUUAUGUGCUUGGAUGCGCUAGUUACAUUAUUUUUGGUUCAGCUGAAGUUCAACCUUGGGAUGAAAGAGAUAUCAAGACAUGUGAUGACGAACAAAUACUGAAACCAAAAAUACACAAAAGACAAAAAGAGGCUCAUUUAUCCGAACUGAAUACUGUUGAGUUUACGUAG